CGCGUUUUGGUCUGUUUCUAAACCACAAGCUUCCACGCUUGGGCUGAAUGCUAGCACCAUUUGCUUUCGACCAGCUGCGCCAACCAUGGGGUGACAGCAAAUGGCUUCCGAAUCGCACGUCAAAGCGGCCAGACUAAGCCGUUACGAUGGUGCUAAUUCCCUAGGUGCUGCAGGCCCGCCGCCGUCGACACUCGCUGCACAGCUCGUCGAGAAUGUUUCAGCUUCCUCCCGACCCUCUCGACCGGACGAGACAACCGAGCUUAAGCGCCUGUCUGCCGUUAUCGAGAGAGUGAAAAAUGAUCCCGGUUCCGUCAAGACCCACGAAGAGCGUGUUGAGCAUAACCAUCUGUUGGUCUAUGUCUGCGGCGGCGUUUUCCUCGAGAGCCUCAAGCUAGACGACGCCUUCGCCGAUGCCGAGCGACUGCGGACCGAGGCAUUGAAGGCCAUCAACUUCCUCAAGGUCACAAUAGAUGAGACACCGACCGUGCUAAAGAGCACCACAGAUGGCAAGACGUUCCUAUCCCGGGGUGAGGAGCCCUUGUGGCUGUGGAUUCUACCCAAGCUGCUUCGCAUGCUCGGCCACCGCCGUUGCCUUGCCAUAUCUGCCGAGAUAGAGGGACUCUGUCAGUACAUAUUGCUUCUUGCAACACGGAACGCCUCUCUUUGGGACCUUGGCCCGUCUUUGAUGCAGUACUUCCAGGUGAAUUUGAGCGCUAUCCUUGCCCGUUUCAAAUCGACCGAGCUAUCGUCGCGAGAAACGUCAGUUGAAGUUAGGCUACCCCCUGGGUCGUUGUUAGAGGCUUUGCUCGGUUCUCCUCCGCGGGGUUGCUCCUUCGCUCUGCUAGACCCUGAACACGCCAUCCGACAUGCUACCAGUCUUGUUGGUAUAAUAAAUAGUGUGAUUGCAUCCAAAAGCGAGCCCCAGGCGUCUCUGCUCUACAGCCAAAACCUCGUCUGGCUGUUGGACUCCACUCAACUGUUGGGCUCGCUUUUGGCGACCUGGCCGGUACCAUUGGAAAGCUGCCAGGUUACUAUUUUGCAGAUUGCCCUCGGUCUAGCUGAGGGCCAUACCAGUUCACAUGGAAUGGAGACAGCGCUCUAUCACAAGGUCAAUGCUACUCUGGCGCUGGCCUGUACGGAUAUUUUCUUGAAUCCUCAUCAACUCCUUGUGGAAGAUAAGGAUGGCGAGAAUCUCAGAUCUGUAAUCAGUUUAGCUUUAGUCCACCUCGCGCAAGUCUCUGUCGACCACGAGCCUACCUCUCGGAUCAUCGCUUCUAGACUGCUCGCUACCGCCCAACGACUUGUCUCCGAUAACCCUACCGUCGGGGCCGGCACCGAUGUAUGGCGGGCUGUUCAGUUGCUGCACCAAGCUACGACCACCCCAUCCAAGCUCGCACUCAACGAUGAGGUCCGCCCGGCCAAAUUUACGGACAUUGCGUUACGCAAACAGGUCGAGAGCCUGCUGUCGCGGCAAAAAACCGAUCAGGUCUUGGCACCGGCGCCCAAACGCAGGAAACUGAACGACGAGCCGUCCAAGUUGCCUGACCUCGCAAGCAGGCUAUGUUACUUGCUAGAUGCUAACCCUUCAAGUCCCGUUGAAAGCUUGGAGUCUCCCAUCAUGGAACGCUUCCCUGAGAUGGGCGAAGACGGUCAAUGCCAGCUGCUCGAUCUCGUCUCCCGCAUUCCAUGUGCCGCUGAUGAGACAUUGAACCUCAGGAAGGCUGAGAAAACAGGAGCUAUUAGUUUUCAGUGUGACUUUUGUUCACCGACGAAACCUGACUUUCCAUCUCCAAGUUGCCAACACGAAGAGCCUAAGGUCCUUGGAAUUACCCUCUUCGGCAAAAUCAUCAAAUUGCCCAGCUUCUUGGAAUCGAAGAGACCGCGUGUAUUCGCCAUGGUGGCUCUCCGCCGUAUAGCAAAACAUUCGACAGAAACCGAGUAUUGGGACCUGGAAAAGUCUGGUCCUGGACAAUGGUGUCUACAGUCCUUGCAUAGCUCUGUGAGGGAGCUUCGGAUCGCUGCUGGGCGAGCCCUCUCGGUUUUCAUCGCAGAACCCGCAGUUCCUGGCUUUAAGAGGGAUGUCCUGAAACGGAAUAGAACAAAUGUGUUAGGCAUCCUCAAGUCGCUCUCCGACAAGGAAACCGCGCGCUUGCACGAAACCUGCAUAAUGGCCUGGGGCCAGGUUGGCAGGGUUGUGUCGGCUGACGAGCUCAACCUUGUUGUCAUCAAGCUUGUGGAAUAUCUCGGACAUCGCAAUAUGAUAGUACCUGCUUUUGCGUUUAACGAGCUUCUCAGUCUUGCCGACUCACGGGGGGAGACACCAGGGCGCCUCCUCCAGCCUUUUUGGGCAAGCCUAGCCUUUUCUGUUGUCAAGGAUCUCGUCUCCAAGCCGCAGACUGCAGGGAGAGUAGCCGAGUUGCUGCAGAUGAGCGUACCGGGCCUUCUGCGAAUGCUCCAGAGACAUGCCCUUCCCUGGCUGGUGCUCACAAAGAAGAGGGAGGUAAUCCAGAAGAUCGCAGAAGCCAGGGGCGAGACUGAGGCCUGGCAGCCUUGUCUAGAUCCGACCAAUCUCCCGUCCAUCCUAGCUCUCCUCCUCGUGCAGGACGUGCCGGAUAUAGUCGCGCAUACAAUGUCAUUGCUUGGUCAUGUGUCUCCUCACUUGGAGGGGUUUGAGUUGGUGGAGCUUCUCCGGACGGACCCUCUCAUGAUUGCCCUUGAGCUCUUCAAGGCUGCGGCAGAGUCCAACGAGGCUCGGAAGGCUAGGGUUCGAAAUGCCCUCACGACAAUGGCGAGUCUCCUUUUAGCCGACCAAAAGGACAAACGAGCCAAGAAGUCACAUAUGGUUGGACGCUAUCUCCAACAACACGCACUCGGCUUGGCCGCGCGGCUGAGCGAGGUCAUCACCGACAACCUGCCUCUGAGUCCUCCUGUCUCGGAGCAGAGGCGAUGUCUCGGCGCCAUGGAGGAGAUGAUUAGGGUUUGCAAGUCUUACGUGUGCAUAGCCCGACCACAGAUAUCUGCCUGCCUCGUCUCUGCCCUGGCGUCUGAUGAACUCAGAUCUGCCGCCUUCUCUUGCUGGGAAGUCAUGCUCACCGAAAUGGAAGAGGCAGAUGUGGAAGCGCAAAUCGAAACGACCUUCUACAUCAUCGGCUAUUACUGGAAAUUCUUCGAUGAAGCAACGAAAGAGAAGGCCAAGGCUCUGAUUACUACCCUACUCAACAAACAUCAACGCAUCGUGGUUGAGUACGCCCACAGGCUGCCUUCAUUGAGCCAUAUUGACGAACUCUCAGAGCUGUGCAAGGCUCUGGAUAACCUGCGCUCACCACUAGAUAACAGGGAUGCGUUUAGCAUCUUUGCUCAGCGCCUUGGCCACGAAAAUCCGGGAGUGGUGGAACAGGCCUUAGUCGAGCUAGUAGCAUACCUCGAGCAAAACCAAGACUACCUCCAAUCAUCUGCCAUCAGCGAGCAGCCAGAUCCCGUUGUCACCACUCUCGCAAGGUCGCUCCUCGACUGCUCUGCCAAGUACAACGGUUGGCUGCUUGAUAUCACCCGUCUGUGUGCCCGGGCUAUUGGACUCAUCGGCUGCUUGGACUCGAAUCGCCUGGAAACUGCGCGGGAACAGCAGCAGUUUGUCGUCGUCCACAAUUUUGAGGAUGCUCGCGAGACAACUGACUUCGUGGCGUUUUUGCUCGAGAAUGUGCUUGUCAAAGCCUUUCUGUCGACAACCGACACCAAAUUCCAAGGGUUCCUUUCAUAUGCUAUGCAGGAGCUCCUGAACAGGACCGACUUUAGGUUUGCCUGCACCACUGAGGGACAGCAAAUCCAUGAGCCCAUUUACAGGAAAUGGCUCGCCUUCUCCGAAAACACCCGGGAGGUGCUGACGCCAUUUUUGUCGUCAAGAUUCGUGGUUGUACCCAUGCCGCCGCCAACGACCGAAUAUCCCAUAUUCAGGCCGGGACGGUCAUAUGCCAUCUGGAUCAGGGCCUUUGUUCAUGAUCUGCUACAACACGGCCAGAAUCUCUUCGCUCAGGCUGUCUUUGAACCCCUUUUCCGGCUUAUCAAAGUCAAGGAUCUCACCGUUACCGAGUUCCUGUUGCCAUACGCUGUUCUGCAUGUCAUUGUUGGGCAAGAACAGGUUGAUACCUUGAGAGCCAAGAUCUCGGCAGAGUUGAUAGCAAUUCUCAAGCAUCAGCCCUCAGAGGCGGCAUCCUAUAUUGAGAGGGAAGAAACAAAGCUGUUCUACCAGGCGGUGUUUCGAAUCAUCGACUACUGCAUGAGAUGGAUGCAGGUCAAGAAAUCUCGCCCCUUGACAGCCAAGGACCAGACUUGGAUCAAACUGGUCGAGGGUGUCAUCGGCUCCCUUGAUCCCGAGUUGAUAUCGCAACGAGCUGUGGACUGCAAGGAAUAUGCCCGAGCGCUUUUCUUUUUGGAGCCCCAUAUCGAGAAUCGCAGGCAAAGUGCUGAAAAGGAGGAGAAUGACCGGAUCCUGCAGUCAUUGCAAAGCAUUUACACACAAAUUGACGAUCCCGAUGGACUUGAGGGCGUAUCGGCGCACCUGCAGCACGUCACGUUGGAUCAGCAGGCCCUCACCCAUCGCAAAGCGGGCCGUUGGACCGCAGCGCAGACUUGGUAUGAGAUCCGGCUUGCCGAGUCACCUGAGGAUGAGGAUAUCCAGGUGGAUCUCUUGACAUGUCUCAAGGAAUCGGGGCAACAUGAUGUCCUUUUGAACUAUGUUGAAGGAAUGGAGCGGACAGUGAAUAACGUGAACAGGAUUGCGCCUUUUGCCGUCGAGGCCUCAUGGGCGACCGGCAGGUGGCAGACCCUUGAGAAGUAUCUUCGCCUCUACAACGGAGGAGACAUCUCCGAAGUGUUUGACCUUGGUAUCGGGCAAGCUCUUCUAUGCCUCAAGGAUGGAGACGUGGGGAAGUUUAAGGAGCGUGUCCAGAAGCUGCGAGACCAGGUAGCUGGUUCAAUGACAUACUCAGCGACAUCGUCGCUUCGGGCAUGCCACGACGCCAUGCUCAGGUGUCAUGUCCUCAGCGACCUGGAAAUGAUUGCAAAUGAGAACCUCAAGGGAGACGGAGACCAGCAUGUUGUGCUCACGGCGCUGGAUCGCAGGUUGGAGGUGCUUGGGGCGUAUGUGAGCGACAAGCAGUACCUGCUUGGAGUGAGACGAGCUGCGAUGGAGUUGAUGCGACCUCGAUUCGGAAAUGAGGACAUAUCUUCGCAGUGGCUGUCUAGUGCCAGACUGGCGCGAAAGGCCGGGUCAAUGCACCAGUCCUUCAACGCGGUGCUGCAUGCCCAGCAGCUUGGUGAUGGCUCUGCAAUGAUCGAGAACGCCAGGUUGCUGUACAAAGACGGCCACCAUCGCAAGGCAAUCCAAGUCUUGCAGCUCGCUAUCAACACCAACUCUUUCAUGACGGAAACCACUGACAGUAUGCCGCCGACUCCAAGUAGAAGCCCAGAGACUCAGCGGAACCUUUUGAGCGCAAGAGCGCAACUACUCCUUGCAAAAUGGCUUGACUCGACAGGUCAAACACAUGCCAGCGCGCUGCGGUCGCAGUAUCAGCAAGCAGCGAAGACGCACCCCCAGUGGGAGAAAGGUCAUUACUACCUCGGCCGCCACUACAAAAAGGUCCUUGAAUCCGAGCAAGGACUCAAGCCGGAUGAUCAGUCAGAUGAAUACCUGACUGGCGAGACUGCGAAGCUAGUUAUUGAGAACUAUCUUCGCUCGCUCAACUUUGGGACUAAAUACCUAUCGCAGACGCUGCCACGGAUCCUGACGCUGUUCCUUGAGCUGGGUGCUCAAGUUGACAAGGCGCCAGAUGGCAAAAUCUCGCUGUCUCGGGAGCUGCACAAUCGUAGGAAGGCCAUACUUUCAGAGGUUUGCAAGCACAUCAAAAAGCACAUGGCCCGUAUGCCUGCAUACAUUUUCUACACUGCGCUUCCGCAGAUUGUAGCAAGAAUAGCACAUCCGAACCCCGAAGUGUUCAACGUGCUGGAAGAAAUGAUUUUGAAGGUGGUUCAAGCCCAUCCUCAGCAGGCCCUCUGGAGCCUCUGUCCACUCAUGACAGCGAAGCAGUACAGCGAGCGGCGCACUCGCGGGAUCAUGAUCCUGCAAGCUGUUCGCGGGAUGACGAAAAAGGUCGAGGGCGGAACGUAUGAGUGGAAGCCGCUGCUAAGGAUGGGCGAGAAGCUGAUUGAGCAGCUUCUCCUCGCCUGCCACAACGGAGAUUUUCAGAGCAACAGGACGAUAAUGGCCAGCAUCACGAGAGACCUGAACUUCAAUCACAAGGUUACCCCUUGUCCUCUGGUGGUGCCGGUUGAAGCUUGUUUGACGGCCACGCUGCCAACCUUGACGGACAAUGUCAGGAAGCACAAGGCCUUCUCCAGGGAUGUCGUCACGAUCGACUCGUUCCUCGACCAGGUCUUGGUUCUAGGCUCGCUGGCAAAGCCACGCAAGCUGACGGCGAGGGGAUCAGACGGCAAACUUUAUGGCCUCCUAAUCAAGCCGAAGGACGACCUUCGGACUGACCAGCGUCUGAUGGAAUUCAACGGGCUGAUCAAUCGUUCGCUCAAGCGCGAUGCUGAGUCGAGCCGACGGCAGUUGUACAUCAGGACAUAUGCAGUCACGCCGCUCAACGAAGAGUGUGGCAUCAUUGAGUGGGUCGACGGGCUCAAGACGCUGCGCGAUAUCCUUCUGGGCAUCUACAAGACGCGCAAUAUUCAGCCAAACUACACCGAGAUUGCGCAAAAAAUGGAGCAAGCCGUCUCUUCCGACGAUAACAUACACUUGUUCACCAAGGAUGUGCUCGGUACGUUCCCACCCGUUUUGCCAGACUGGUUUAUCACGCAGUUCCCAGACCCGUCUGCUUGGUUUGCGGCUCGAUUGAAAUACACCCGUUCGUGCGCAGUCAUGUCCAUGGUCGGCACGAUCCUGGGACUGGGCGACCGGCACGGCGAGAAUGUCCUCCUCGAGGAGGGUAACGGCGGCAUAUUCCACGUCGAUUUCAACUGCCUCUUUGACAAGGGUCUCACAUUCAGGCAGCCCGAGCGCGUACCGUUCCGUCUCACGCACAACAUGGAGGCCGCCAUGGGCAUCUAUCGCUACGAAGGGCCGUUUAGGCACUGCAGCGAGCUGACGCUGCGCAUCCUGAGGCAGCAGGAAGAGACGCUCAUGACGAUUCUUGAGGCCUUCAUUUACGAUCCUACGCUGGAUUUGCAGAGGACGAAGAAGAAGAACUAUGAGGUAGUCAAGCUCAACCCGACCAGCGUGGUCGAGAGCAUCAGGCGCAAGGUCAGGGGCUUGUUACCUGACGAGAGCAUACCGCUGGGGGUAGAGGGCCAGGUGGAGGAGCUGAUCAAGCAGGCGGUGAACCCGAAGAAUUUGGCGGCGAUGUAUAUCGGAUGGUGUCCGUUUUUGUAAUCGUUGUCAGAGGUUCCGUACACAUUAGUUAGAGGAUGCAAAUACGGAACAAGACGAGUGUAUGGCUAAGAGAUGAUUGUAUAGCUAAUUAAGAGACGAGUGGAUGACCA